AUGCCACCCCGCGCCCCCUGGCUCUCAACCUUCCAAUCCCACCUCUCCAAGUCCUCAACUUCCGAAUUCAACAUCACAACCGUCGCCCUCGACGCAAAGGGCCAAACCGUCCCACGCACGCGCACCUGCGGCUUCCGAGGCUGGUUCCCAAACCCAGAACUACACUCUAGCGCGCUCAAGACCCUAGACUCGCAGAACGAGCGCCCCAACCCACCCGUGUACGAGAGCGAGAUGAUCUCGUUUACGACGGAUGCGCGGAUGGAGAAGAUCGGGCAGCUGGAGGCGUCGGGGAAUGUGGUUGAGGCGGUGUUCUGGUUGAAGGAUGUGGGUAAUCAGUGGCGGGUGCGAGGAGAGGCGUUUGUGAUUGGGGAUCCGUCCGGUGGGGAGGGAGAGGAAAAGGCCAGGGAGGAGAUUAGGAAGGGGUUGAGGGUUUGUGAUGGGUGUGAGGGGAAGGAGAAGGAGUGGAGUUGGGAGAGCCAGGUGACGACGUAUUUUGCGAACCAUACGCCUGUUCUUAGAGGUUCGUUCAAGAACCCUCCGCCUGGGACGCCGAGAUCGCAGGUACCCACUGAUCCCGAGCUCAAGCUUGGUCAGAAGCUGAAUGAUCUACACGACCCUGUUGCUCGUGGGAACUUUCGCGUGGUUGUCAUUCGCGCUAAUGAGGUUGAGCGGUUGGACCUGUCAGACUAUGAGAAGCCACAGCGGUGGAACUGGACCCUUGUUGGUGGGACUAGUGAUGAUGCUAAAUGGGAAGAGACUGAGCUAUGGCCGUAG